CCGGGAUGUCCCGUCCGGCCUCGCGCACCUGCGUGCGUCCCGCAGGUAGACGCUUCGCUGAGUCCAUUCAGCCCCGGGUCCGCGGCGGGCCGUCACGUGACACCCGGCGGCUCCGUCUGCUUCCCCACCCCCUCCCCAGGCGCCGGCUCUGCGCUGCGCGUGCGCACUGGCCCUGGUGUGCCUAGUGCUGCUGCUGGCACCGCCCCGGGGAGCCCUGGGGGAGGAGCUGCAAGAGCCGGAGACCCCAGCGCCCCGCGCGGCCGACUGGAUGGCCAACUUCGCCCACUUCAACAAGUACCUAGAGAAGCUCUUCAACAGCAGCUUGAAGUCUAAGGACACCAAGAAAUCGAAAAAUGUUAAAAACCCCAAGAAAGCCGCGAACGCCACAAAAACCCCACCAGCAAACACCGGGAAACCCCCCCAACAGAGCACGGGGAAACCACAACCGCCGCCCUCCUCCCAGGGCCCCAGGCAGGGCCCUGACCUCAGAUGCCUGACUCAAGUCUCCUGGCCCAGCGACCCCCUUUGUAUUCUGAGAGGAGCCUUAACUCCUACCUACCCACCUCCUUCAUCGCCCCCCCUCCGCCCAACAAUAAAGAGAAACAGCUCUACUGCUUGGUGA